AUGCCAUUGCGGGAUCAGCUUCGCCGGCCCUUGGCCGGUUCAGGAUUGCUUUUCCCACAGCCUCACGAACUUAGCGCAAGAAUGUGGCCUACGGAGGCCAGCCGUGGGCUGGCGGGCCGGCCUGGGUUGGGGAGACAGGCAGGGCAGGCCUUGCCAGGUGUCCGUCCUGUCCCCCCUCGCCAUGGACUAGCUCGCAGACCUGACCACUUGACCUUUUUUAUUCAACAAACCCACCUCCUAGAAAUAGACUGGGCGGGGCUGUGUCUGUUCUCCUCGGGACCCGGGGAAAAACCUCGGCUUGUGACUAGAAAGGGCAGGAGAGAGAAGACCCUGGUGGGCGGGAGUAGACGGGCCCUCUCUCAUCUCUACUCCCCUGGGUUGCUGCUUGGGCCGUCCAGCCAGGGCCAUUUGGCCGCCGGACACAACCCCAGCAGCCUUUGCACAAGCCCUUUCCCUUCUCUGCCCGGCCCUUUAAGGGAGAAGGAAGAAAGCAGCUCCCGCGGGAGCGCCAGGGCUCCGGCUGGGCCCCGGGGCGGGUGGCAGCACCGCCCCCUGCCCUGGGCCGAGCCCGGGAGCAGUGGACCGCGGCCCGGGCUGCAGAGGAGCGGCGGGUGGCGGGGCCCCGGCAGGGCGCCGAGAAGGACGGAGGGCGCCGGCUGGGCUCAGGGACGCGGGGCGGGGAAGAAACGAGCCGGCGACGGUGCGCUCAGCCGGCUGACUCCGUGGCGAAGUCCGCGCCCGGCGGGGCUGAGCUACCCCUCGCCCCCGCUCCCGCCAGUGUCCUACGCACAGUUAUCUACGGCUACAACAUGUGUUUUCUCAGAGUGGAUUUUUUGGAGGGGAGGUGAAGGGGAGAAAAACAGACGCCUGCCACGCAGAUCUGUCACUCCGGAACAAGGCGCAACUCUCCAAGAGGGGGACGCAUCCUCGGGAUCAAGCGCGUCCACCAGCGAGUGGCGGGCGCCCGGGCCCCUUUCUCUCCCUCCACUCCCCCUCCGUGUCGGCCCCUCGGAGCGCCCUCCUCCCGCUCCUCCUCCUCCUUUCCCCUCCCCAGCCAAGUACGCAAACCCUCCCCGGCCCGGCAGCCGCGGCUCCCAACCACCCGCGCCCUCUCAGGGCUCCGCUUGCUCGGCUCUCGUCCCUCUGCCUGUCCUGCCCCAGCCCCUCGGUCCCAGCUCACAGAAACUAACCCUGGAGUGCCCGGAAGGGCAGGAGCGGAAGACGCCGGGGGACUGCGGCCAGGCCCUGAGCUCCUGCCCCCUGCCCCCUCCGGCGCCCCAACAGGUAGCUCACAGCGGGCCGCGCGCCCUGGCUCUGCCUCCCUCGCACUCGAGAUCGCUCGCUCCGUCCCGGUUACCUGGGCGGGCUCCAGGAUGGUACCGCGCGGGAGGGCUCCUUGUGCGCUGCGCCGCAGGAUCCGGGAAGCAAGGGAACAGAACCCCCCAGCGCCGCGGCCGGCGUAGCCCGUUAACUCAGGUCUGCGGGGGUGUCCCGCCCCGGGCGGGGGCAGUGCAGAGCGGCAGAAGUUUGCCGCCGGGGUGCCAGGAGGUGCGCGCGGAGCGGGGUGACUAG